AUGGUCCCUCCAGUUGCCGGCAAUGCUUUCUACGCAUUCGCCAAUUUCAGGGCACGGCCACUUGCCAAAGUUCGUACGGAUCUAGAAGCUGAGUGCGGUUGCGCGGCCGCUAUCAGAAACCUUCUCGAAGGUGAAAAUAGUGCGCAUGCCUCUGCCGUUGCUGUACUUCGUGAGACGCACAACGAGGCACUCAUCUCCCACUCGAGCAGUAUCGAAGCGCUCGAGGGGAUAUCCAAGCCCUCAGACGGCACGCCGACAAGGUUGCAGCAGGAAAGCGAGAUCCAGGGAACGAACCGAGCACUUGUCAACAUGGGGGGGGGGAGAGAACUUGAGAAUGCCCGGUUUUCGGAAAUGGAACGGCACACGUAUGAAAGCCUGAUCGCCGACUGUCAGAAGGCUUUAUUCGACAAAGGACACCGAGCACAGACGGGCAGAUCGACAAUCUCCAGUCCAACGGUUGAACCAUCGGUCCAAAGGCAGCUAGCAACAUCAACUGCCCUCACGGAUGCUAACGCCAAGGUUAUCGAACAUCAAGCACAUAUCGAUCACCUGAAGCAGCGAAUUAACCAGCUCGUACAGACGCUAACAGACGACUUGACCGGACAACAGCUCGAGAGACUCCGCACAAGGGUGCAAACUCGAGCGAAACGGAACCGCAACCACAUCAAAGACAAAAUCAGGUCCAGCCAAAGGAUCAAGGGUCUAGAGGAGGAUCCACGGAAGGCCGCAAUUGCUCCUCAGUAA